GCAGAAAGCGUAGCUUUGCGCACGGUAGCGCAAUGGAGCUGUUUGUGCCGGUUUCUUUAUCACGCGCCCCUUGCGUGAGGGGAAACUACUCUGUUGGUGGAAGCAGCAGCAGCCGCUGCUACAGCAACAGCACAAGCCAAGGUGCCUACGCAGCAGCCUUGGUGUGUGCUGCGCUGGCAAGCCGACGAAGUGGGCGUUGCCUGCGUGCUGUUGCCACGCGCCAGCCAAUGGAGAGGGGCGAGGUGCUACCUGCACAGCCUGUGCCAGAAGGCAUUCCGGCGCCUCCUUAUGUGUCCGACCCCGACAAAGUUCGAGGAUGGUGGAACUCGCAAAUCGCGCGGAAGUCGGAUGAAGAUGUGGAAGCCAUGCGCCGUGCAGGGAAGCUGGCACAUUCAGCUUUGGACCUGGCUGAGCAGUUGAUCCAGCCUGGCAUUACCACUGAGGAGAUGGACAAAGAAUUGCACGCCUUCAUUUGUGAUCAUGGAGCCUACCCAAGCGACCUGCAGUACAAAGGCUUUCCCAAGAGCGUCAUGAUCAGCAUCAACGAAGUCAUUUGUCACGGCAUCCCAGACACGCGGGCGCUGGAGGAUGGCGACCUGGUGAACGUGGAUGUCACCCUGUACCUCGGGGGCUUUCAUGCUGACACCGCGCGCUCCUGGAUCUGCGGAAAAGGAGAUGCCACAGGUGACCGGUUGGUGGCUGCAACACGGGAGGCCUUGGAUUCUGCGAUCGGAGUUUGUCGAGCUGGGGCUCCACUGAAAGCCAUCGGCGAUGCGGUGGCUGAGGUUGCUGAACGUGAAGAUUUCGGCAUCGUGAAGACGUUGGUGGGCCACGGAAUUGGCGAAUUCUUCCAUGGGGUGCCACAGAUAUUUCACUGCCGCAACAGUGACAACAGGAAGAUGGAGGAGGGCACCACCUUCACCAUCGAGCCCGUGCUCACGGAAGGAGCGGCCGAGUGGGUGACCUGGGACGAUGGAUGGACGGUCGCAACCAAAGAUGGCGGGCGCGCUGCCCAGUUUGAGCACACGAUUCUGAUCACUGCUGAUGGCUGCAAGGUGCUGACAUAGAUCACCUUCAGAUGGAGGUACGAGUGAGAGCCUCGUCAUUUUUCGCACAUUUCCUGAUUCUUCAAGGUGCAGGCACCUGCAAAGCUGCAGAUAGAAA